AUGGUCUCCACUCCUGAGCUGAAGAAAUAUAUGGACAAGAAGAUACUGCUGAAUAUAAAUGGGUCUAGGAAAGUGGCGGGAGUUUUGCGAGGCUACGAUAUUUUCCUGAACGUCGUUCUUGAUGACGCAAUGGAGAUAAAUGGUGAAGAUCCUGCUAAUAACCACCCGCUGGGCUUGCAGACCGUCAUUAGGGGCAACUCCAUAAUAUCCCUAGAGGCUUUAGAUACCAUAUAA